AUAUCUCUCUCUUUCUCUAUUUAUUCUAUAUUCUUGGGAAGCAAACAGAGACAGAGAGAAGUGAGUUGACUCAGAUGGGAGACUACGGAGGAGACGAAGGUGUUCGGAGAAGAGGGUGCUCGUGCACAAAAGAAGACUUUCUCCCCGAGGAAUCGUUUCGGAGCUGGGGAAACUAUGCGAAGGCGUUGAAGGACACACCGCGUAGGCUGAAGGACCGAGUUCUGACUCGGUCGUUGGACCAGACGGAGCUAGUGGAUGUGAAGGCACGGAGCCAGCACGAGAUGAAGAAGACGCUGAAUUGGUGGGACCUCAUGUGGUUCGGCAUAGGAGCUGUGAUUGGAGCUGGGAUCUUCGUCCUCACUGGCCUUGAGGCUCAACAACAUGCGGGACCUGCUGUUGUGUUGUCCUACGUCGUUUCCGGCAUCUCUGCUUUACUCUCUGUCUUUUGUUACACCGAGUUCGCCGUUGAGAUUCCAGUCGCAGGUGGAUCAUUUGCCUAUUUGAGGGUAGAGCUGGGUGAUUUCAUGGCCUUCAUUGCUGCCGGAAACAUCGUACUCGAGUACGUGAUUAGUGGAGCAGCCGUUGCCCGUUCUUGGACAUCCUACUUUGCCACACUCUUGAACCACCAGCCAAAUGAUUUCCGCAUUGUAGCCCAUAGUUUAUCACCAGACUACAGAUACCUUGACCCCAUUGCCGUUGUUGUCUUGGCUAUCAUUUGCGUUAUGGCUGUUAUGAGCACAAAGGGCUCCUCGCGAUUCAAUUACAUUGCCUCCAUCUUCCAUGUUGCUGUCAUUAUCUUCAUCAUCAUUGCAGGCCUUACAAAAGCAGACACCAAAAAUUACAGCGAUUUUGCACCGUUUGGCGCCCGUGGCAUCUUUCAAGCAUCAGCAGUGCUUUUCUUUGCCUAUGUUGGAUUUGAUGCUGUCUCAACCAUGGCUGAGGAAACAAAGAAUCCCGGUCGGGACAUUCCUAUUGGUCUUGUUGGCUCAAUGGUGAUUACUACAUUGGCAUAUUGUUUGCUAGCCGUGACGCUAUGCCUGAUGCAACCAUACACAGAUAUUGAUAAAGAUGCACCAUUUUCUGUGGCAUUUGAAGCCGUAGGUAUGGGAUGGGCUAAGUACAUAGUUGCUGCUGGUGCAUUGAAGGGCAUGACAACAGUUUUGCUUGUAUCAGCAGUGGGUCAAGCUCGAUAUCUCACACAUAUUGCACGUACACACAUGAUGCCCCCGUGGCUCGCCAUUGUGAAUGAGAAAACUGGGACUCCUGUCAAUGCCACAGUGGUCAUGCUUGCAGCUACUGCAGUAAUUGCCUUCUUCACAUCGCUUGGGAUUCUCUCAAACUUGCUCUCAAUCUCCACACUGUUUAUCUUUAUGCUUGUGGCUAUUGGCCUUCUUGUGCGUCGAUACUAUGUUAGUGGGGAGACAACAACAGCAAACCGUAUCAAAUUCAUUGUGUUUCUUGCCCUUAUUCUUGGAUCUGCAAUUGCCACUGCUGUUUAUUGGGCCAUAUCUACUGAUGGUUGGAUUGCGUACGCAAUAACUGGACCAAUUUGGCUCUUGUCAACUAUUGGGCUUUGGCUUUUCGUUCCACAGGCCAGGAAACCAAAAGUUUGGGGUUCACCAUUGGUACCGUGGCUGCCAUCACUAUCAAUUGCCAUCAACAUUUUCCUUCUUGGGUCUAUAGAUAGAGCAUCGUUUGAAAGGUUCGGGUUAUGGACUCUAAUAAUCUUGGUUUACUAUUUAUUUUUUGGAUUGCAUGCGUCCUAUGACACAGCCAAGGAAGCUAGCAGUGCCAAACAGAUGAAAAAUGUUGAAGAGGGGCCCAUGAAUUAGAGAAGUUAAUAAGAAAUGUGUGAUGCAUAUGUUUAUGUAGUUUCUGUCCAUAUUAUGAAGGAGAUGAUGUAUGUGUUCAUGAAAGAAAACUGAAAUUCUCUUUCCAGGCUUUUGUUACAUUUUUUUAUUUUCUACGGGUUUUGUUGCAAUGUAAUUCUUUUACAAGUAAAAAAUUUGGUACUUUUUUUUGUA